GACUCCCCAGGGGCAGCCCCGGGGCGGGGAGGGGGGAGGGUGCUGGGCAGGGUGGUGGCCCAGCCUGGCACUGCAGCUUCCUGCCUGGUUUGGCUUCUGGCUCCAGACUUGAGGCUCAGGAAAUCCUACUAGGGCCUGGUCUGCAAGGACACUCCCUUGCCCAGUGGAGGGGGUCGUGGAUGGAAGGCCUGUGGCCCCAGCUGUCAGGCAGCAUCAGCUGGCUCCCAGGCUAGAUGGGGGUGAGACAUCAGCUUGUACUGCAGGUCAUCACCAGGGGGUGGGUGUGCCCAGCUUGGCAAAUGACUCCUGUCCCUUUGCUGGGGCUGUUCAGAGGGCAGCAGGCACCUGGUGGAGCCUUGCCCACCUGAUCCACAUUGCCAGGGCCUGGCAGCAGCCAGGAGACCCCUCUGAAGACCCUCUACUCAGCCAGCCCCCCAACCAGCUGUCUCCUUACAGUCUGUGGCUUUACCACCCCUUCCUUGCUGUCACUCCUGUUCCCAGAGCCCUGCACUCACCAGGCUGCCCGCCUGCCCUCCCCCAGAGUGGGGAGGAAGUACCUUGUUUUGGGGACAGGAAGCAAGCACUAGUGGGACUUAACAGCCUUGAUGGCGAAGGAGGGGGAGAGGGAGGAAGUGCUGACAGCUCCUACUACUUGCCAGCCCCUGCCCACCCAUCUCCAGCAAGCCCCUGUCUGGCACCCUGGACAGCCCACCUCCUGGGAGCUGCUCUGCUGAGGACCACAGGAAGGGGGAACUCAGACUCAUGGCUUUCCAGGGUAUGGCGCUGACAGUGGAUGUGGUGGGCCCGGCGCCCUGGGGCUUCCGCAUCACAGGGGGCAGGGAUUUCCACACACCCAUCGUGGUGACCAAGGUAACAGAGCGGGGCAAGGCCGAAGCUGCUGACCUGCGACCUGGCGACAUUAUUGUGGCCAUUAAUGGGGAGAGCGCGGGUGGCAUGCUUCACGCUGAGGCCCAGAGCAAGAUCCGCCAGAGCCCCUCACCCCUGCGGCUACAGCUGGACAGGUCCCGAGCUGCCUCUCCCGGGGAGACCAACGGUGAGAGCUCCUUGGAAUUGCUGGCCACUCGCUUCCAGGGCUCUGUGAGGACACAUAAUGACAGCCAAUCCUCCCUGAGGUCCUCCUACUCCAGCCCAGCCUCCCUCAGCCCCAGGCCUGGCAGCCCCUUCUCCACCCCAUCCCCCACCAGCACGCAUGCCCUUGCUGGAGAGGCAGUGAUCAGCCGCAGUUUCCAGAGCCUGGCACACAGCCAGGGACCCGCUGCUGACCGAUUAUCCUAUGGGGGUCGCCCUGGAAGCCAACAGGCCGGCCUCAGCCGCGCUGGCAACUCAGCAGUGCUGGUGCUGCCGCAUUCCCUGGGCCCCCGGUCCUCCAGCCCCAGGCUCAGUGUGGAUUCAGAAGGGAGACGCCACCUCCUGGAAGAGGACUCGGAAGUCUUCAAGAUGCUGCAGGAAAAUCGUGAGGGGCGGGUGGCCCCCCGGCAGUCCAGCUCUUUUCGGCUAUUGCAGGAAGCCCUGGAGGCUGAAGAGAGAGGUGGCACGCCUGCCUUCCUGCCCAGCUCGCUGAGCCCCCAGGCCUCCCUGUCCACUGGCAGGGCACCGGCCACUCCCCCGAAGCUCCACACGUGUGAGAAGUGCAGUACCAGCAUUGCGAACCAGGCUGUGCGUAUCCAGGAGGGCCGGUACCGCCACCCCAGCUGCUACACCUGCGCAGACUGCGGGCUGAACUUGAAGAUGCGCGGGCACUUUUGGGUGGGGGAUGAGCUGUACUGCGAGAAGCAUGCCCGCCAGCGCUACUCUGCAACCUCCUCCCUCAGCUCCCAGGCCUGAGGGCCUGCCUUUGACUGAGAGGCCUGGGGCAUCUCCGGACCAGGGGCCAUGUCAAUAGCAAGUUGGCAUGGAAGAGGUGUUGGUGGGUAGUGGCUCUUACGUGAACUAAGUUUGGGGGCCUGAGGCCCCUUCAUCCUCACUGGGUGAGGCCAAAGGCUGGGACGUAUCUCUGGCUGUGGGUACUGAGGGCAGCCUCACCUCCUCAGGUCUCUCCUAGACACUCGCAAGCUUUUGCCCUGCAGGACAGGCACUGCCAUGGUCUGGGGUGGGCACUGCAUUUGGUUUCUGGGUGUACCAGGUGGUAAGCAGGGUGGGACAAGGAGCCAAGUAUCUAGAAGGAGGUGGUGGGCCAGAGGCUAAAGGUCUUCACUUUGUAAAGUUUUCAAAAUACAAGCUCUAUAAAUAUAUAUACAUAACAAAAUAAAGUAGAUGCCAUCCCCUUUCUUCCCUUCCGCAACCUCUGGGUAUGAGCUUCUUCCUACUGCUGGGUAAAAAAAAAAAAAAGAGAGUCUUUAUUUACAAGUUUUUUUUCCCUCUCAUUUUCC